AUGAAGCUCUUGACCUACCUCUUUGCCAUUGCUGCUGCCUCCAUGGCCGUUGUUGCUGUUCCAACUCCUCAGGACGGGGCUGCUGCCCCAAUUGAGAAGCGGGAGCCUGAGCCAGCACCUGUCGAUAAGAGAUGGUGCAGCCGGGUUGGCCAGCCUUGCUAA